AAUUGUUUCAAUUCCUUUUGGUAGGUAACUUGCUGUUCUGUGUAAGACAUAACGUUUACUCUCAUAAGAAGUAUUCCAAAAAUGGAAUUACCAUUAAGUAUAAAGAUCUCCAGAAGCACAUAAGACCAAAAAAGGGAUAUUCUUCAACCACUGUUCGAGGCACCAUUUGUUGUUCAAAUCAGCAGGAAAGAAAUGCUGGCUUGCCUUCUGAUCAUAUUGGAGUUAGUGCAAAAGUGAUUUAUGCUACUGCUCCUGCAAUGGGUCAUAAUAAGGAAUCGCAUCCAGAAUGCAACUCUAGAGUUCCUGCAAUUUUGACAGCUUUGGAAAAGCUCAAACUGACUUCAAAGUUUCGAGGCUUAGAUGUUGUUGAAAUCCAGAAUUUCAGACCAGCUACAACAGAUGACAUAGCAAGUGUUCAUGCUGGGCCCUAUAUUUCAGGGCUUGAGAAGGCUAUGGAUCAGGCUUCAGAGAAAGGUCUAAUUUUCAUCGAGGGAUCUGGACCAACAUAUGCUACUGCCACAACGUUCCAAGAGUCAUUAUUGGCAGCUGGAGCUGGAAUUUCCUUGGUUGAUUCAGUGGUAGCAGCAUCCAAAGUUAGCCAGGAUCCUCCUGUCGCUUUUGCGCUAAUUCGACCUCCUGGUCACCAUGCUGUUCCAAAGGGGCCCAUGGGAUUUUGUGUGUUUGGAAAUAUUGCUAUUGCUGCUCGUUAUGCUCAACGAAUGCAUGGAUUGAAACGUGUUUUUAUCAUUGACUUUGAUGUUCAUCAUGGAAAUGGAACCAAUGACGCCUUCUACGACGACCCGGAUAUAUUUUUUCUUUCAACUCACCAAGCUGGAAGUUAUCCUGGGACUGGUAAGAUAGAUCAAAUUGGUAGUGGAAGUGGUGAAGGAUCAACACUGAAUCUCCCUUUACCUGGAGGAUCAGGUGAUACAGCAAUGCGAAAGGUCUUUGAUGAAGUUAUUGUACCAUGUGCUCAAAGGUUCAAUCCAGAUAUAAUCCUUGUUUCAGCUGGAUAUGAUGCCCAUCUGUUGGAUCCGCUUGCCAGCUUGCAGUUCACAACAGGAACAUAUUACAAGCUAGCCUCUCACAUUAAGCAACUUGCAAAAGAUUUGUGUGGGGGACGUUGCGUGUUUUUCUUAGAAGGAGGGUAUAAUCUUACUUCUCUCUCCAAUUCAGUUGCAGAAUCAUUUCGUGCUUUUCUUGGGGACCGGAGCCUGGCUGCAGAGCUAGAUGAUCCGAACUACUUGCACGAAGAACCAUUGAACAAGGUGAAGCAGAUUAUUGAAAAAGUGAAGCACAUACAUUCCUUUUGAAAG